CUUGCCCAUCCAGACCAGUCGAGUCGCUGAAGCCGUGCCGUUCACACGUACGGUCUUGGCUCUUUACUCUCCGCCAUUCAAACAACUUUUUUAAAAUUCGUGUCCACUUUUUUUAUUCCCUUUGGGUGGUGUAAAAAAACAAUUAAAAAGAAAAAACCCAACGGAUGUUUGUCCGUUCACAAAAUUUUUUGUUUGAACGUUUAAUAAAAAAAGAGAAAUUUGCGCGAGUGAAAGAAAAUGUUGCGGAAGAAGAGUGAGCUGGCAAGUAGCUAAAACAGUCGGAACAACUUGCACAAUUAUCGAUUUUUUCUCCAGUGUGUGUGUGUGUGUGUGUGUGCUUCGACAUAUAUAUAUCCAUAAGAGAUCACCCCCGUGUGUGAGCGUGUUUUUGAGUGGCGUGUGCGCGCGCACGCACGUAGUACGUCCCGGAAGGAAACCCGAAAAAACUUGGCCGAGAGCACAGAUCUCUCUCCGGCGUGUUGGGAAGAAGAAAAAAAAAAGAGCCAAAACGUUGACAUCUCUCAACACUCGAUCCCAUUUCUUAUUUAGAGUGGAGGAAAACAACCAGAAAAAUCUAUUGGAGAGAGAGACAGCACACACACGGUUGUUUAUGAAACACGGCCAGAAAAACGACCAGCAAAAUGAUGUUUACCCAUAGACAGGAGCAAUUUGCAGGCAAUUGCGUGGCCAGGGCCUUGUACGACAACAUUGCCGAGACUCCCGACGAACUGGCCUUCCGCAAAGGAGACGUCUUGACCGUAUUGGAACAGAAUACCAGCGGACUGGAAGGCUGGUGGCUGUGCAUGCUCAGAGGUCGCCAGGGCAUUUGUCCAGCCAACCGACUGCGUUUGAUCGCCCGGGUCUACGACACUGGAGGCGGAGGUGGUGGUGGAUCUGCGGAUUUGAGCAACGUUUCUUACCCGCCCGUCUCGUCGCCUGGACUCAACAGUAUCGGCGGCAGCAGUUCCAGUAGUAGCAGUUCCAGUAGUAGCAGCUCGUCAAGUUCGAGCAGCUGCAGUAGCUCGUCGAGCAUCGGAGUUGGGCGGAUCCCUCCGCCGCAACAGCAAGCCAAAACCGGAAUGCUCAGCGCUGCCGUCCGGGCCCACCAACAAAAGCAACUGGACGGAGGAGCAGCCGACGGAUUCCGCACUCAAAAGUCGCCUUUUGUGGCCGCUCGUCCCAGCGAUAUCUUCGUCUAUCCGCAGCAUCCAGCAGCCGAGGCGUCGCAGGAUUGUUACGACAUGCCGAGAUCAUUGCACCAAACAUUGAUCCGCCAGGACUCGUCCAACUAUCAGGCGCCCCGCUCCCAUCGCUCGCCUCCUCCGGCCCAGUCUGCCAUUCAAAACGUUGCCGCUUUUGCGGAUUACGACGUUCCGCGUCCGCAUCACAACCGAAUCCAGCCAGUUAGAACGCCAUCCGUGGAUAGCAGUUGCGAGUACGACGUGCCCCGUCCGUCUAUGGAGACUUACGAUACGCCGCGAUUGGUGGCCAUCAGCGGCAAUGGCUCAAGUGGCGACAGUCCUCCACCCAUGUCCUUAUCGACGACUUCAACAACAAUGGGAGACGAGUACGAUGUCCCGGUCCCGACCGCUCGCUUGCCAAAUCAAAGUCACAACGGCUGCGGCAGCAACAAUCUGUCGGAUCGAUCCAGCGGCGUCUCGCUCUUCUCGUCCGGCAGCAGCAGUUCCGACGGCUCAUCGGCCAUUUCCAACGCUAAUCGAUCCGUCAGCUCAGAGUCGCUCUCGCUGUCCAGCGCCGUGGGUCGCAUUUCUGGCCGCUCCAGCCGCUCCAGCAUCAUCGAUCAGCAGCAACAAUCGUUCGAACUCUAUGACGUCCCAACGUCCAACCAUCAGGUAGUCAAAGAAGCGCUUCCUGCCAGUCAGCCCAUUCAGGAAGAGGUUUAUGACGUGCCGAAACCGGCGGCCGCUGUCGUGCCAGAAAGCGAAACCGCUUACGACGUUCCACCGCCGCCCACCGUCGUCACGGAAGACGCCGGGCAAUCCCAGCAGCAGCAGCUUGUCUACGAUAUUCCACCCUCCUCUCGUCCGAUCGUUGCGUCAGCCAGGCUGCCGGCCGGCAGCAGCCAACAGCAGCAGCAGACAAUAAGUCAUCCGACUCCCUGUGAACAGCCAGGAGAAGAUACUUACGAUAGCCCGAAACCAUUAUUGGGCGACUGGACGGAUAAGGUGUCCAGCAGCAACGCCACUCUGCCGCUGCCAUUAGACGCGGCGCUGGAAACGUUGAGUCGGUUGGACGCGGAAGUAUCCAGUGCUAUAAGUAACUUGCUGAGCUUUUGGCGAGCUGCUUCGGGUGGCGACUGGGCUGAGCUCCAGCUGCGUGUGCUCCGGCUGCGUGCGUCGCUCCAGGAACUCUGCGACUUUGCUCGAGGGGCCAUCGGCAACGCUUCGCAACGCCUCAAAAAUGGAGUCGGCGAUCAAGGUGUCACUAUCCGAUUGAUACGUCUCCUCCGGCCGCUUCAAGAUGCCAACGCCAUCGUUCAAAAGACAUCGCAGAGUUGUAUGGAUCUUUUCGCCACUAGCCGGCGGCGGCCCAACAGCGAGAACGAUGCAGAGCUAGACCAGCUGUUGGCUUGCUGUCGAAAUUUGGGCGAUGAUAUGCGACAGGUCGUUACGUUCAUACAGAGCAAUGGCCAUCUUUUGUUCGAUACCAACAACAAAAACCAGACGGAUAAUAAUUCGACGAACGACGACUACGAUUACGUCAAUCUCGAAUCCAAAGCCAAAUUCGAUCAGGAAAACGAAGAAGUGAAACGUACCUUACCGCACGAAAUGAAGAGGGCAUUCGACGUUCUAGUUGCCCAGUCUGAAGAUUUACCCGUGUUGCCAACCGCCGCCAACGACCAGGUCAGCGAUAAUGACCGGAACGUGAUGGAAUUCUAUGGGAGCCAGGCCGAGACUUAUGCCGUUUAUCUAAGCAACGCCAUCGAUGCCUUCAUCUUGACGCUGGAGCACAAUCAGCCCCCCAAAGUGUUUGUGGCCUACUCCAAAUUUGUCAUCCUUAAUGCCCAUAAGCUGCUCUGCAUUGGAGACACCGUUCACCGCAACGUUGUCAACGCCAAACUCAAAGCCAGCGUUCUAGAACGGUCCAACCAACUCUGCCAAGGAUUGCAGACGUGCGUUCAGAGCACCAAAAAGGCUGGCAGGGAGUUCCCAAGUGUCGUUGCCGUUCAAGGAAUGAUCGACUCUGUCCUGGCCGUUUCCAAAUUGGCGCAAAACCUAAAAACUUGUUUAGUUCAACCGACCAUUUCAACACAUGGUCCAAAGUGAACGAAAAUGCACAAAUAAAAAAAAAAACUUGUUGAAAUGUUAGAAAGGGCUUCCACACAAACGCUGGACUGGACCACACACACACACACAAAAUAACGCAACGUAUCAUGAUUUCUGAUUCAAUCGACUGACGGAACAACAGUCUCUUUUGUGUUUUGUUUGUUUCGUUUUUUUUAUAACAUGCUCGUCAGGCAGCUCAAUUCUUUGUAUAAUUUAGUGACCCCCCUCCGAGUAUUUUUUUUUCAUUACUGUAUCAUACUAGUUUCGCCACAGCUGAUAAUAUCUUUCUAGUCUGUUACCUGUUGGGUGGUCGAUCCAGACUGCCGUAUAUCGCAAAUGAAGAGUGAUUCGUUUCCAAUUUUUUCGAUUCGUCAUUUCUUAACCAGUUUGGUGAGAAAAAUGAAAUAUUUUACCUACCCACAUGAUUGUGUCUUAACCUUGAUCAAGAUAAAUAAAGGGUGAGCUUGUCUUCACAUG